CCAACACUCCCAAAUUAUAUUUUCUCAAAUGGGAUAAUAGAGUCACUGGGAAACCACAAGAAUCCUCCAAAAGUAAUAAAAACACUUUUAAAAAAUAAAUAGAAAAAAUUAAUGGCGAUUGGCAAAAAUGCUGAAUCUGGGCAAGUUCUUCUUCUGCUGCUGCUCAUAGUUUUACCUCUUUUGGUGUCAUCUCGCAGCUAUAAUUUUAACAAUAAUAGUAAUAAUAAUAAUGUUCUAACAGAGAACUUAAAGGAUAUUUCUUCUUCUUCUUCUUCUUCCCCAUUUCCACCAAACUUCUUCUUUGGGACAUCUUCCUCUGCUUAUCAGUAUGAAGGGGCAUAUGGUAGAGGUAUAAGCAACUGGGAUGUUUUAACCCAAACACCAGGAGGCAUUAUAGAUGGAAGCAAUGGAGAUGUUGCUGAUGAUGAAUACCAUCUGUAUCAGGAAGACGUGGAACUAUUGGCAUCUCUCGGAGUUAACAGUCACAAGAUUUCAAUCUCAUGGUCUCGCGUCCUGCCAAAGGGAAGACACGGAAGCAUUAAUUGGAAAGGGAUCAACUACUACAAGAAUCUCAUCAAUGCCCUCCUGCUUAAAGGAAUCGAACCAUUUGUAACAAUAAACCACUAUGAUCUCCCUCAAGAACUGGAGGAUAGAUAUCAAGGUUGGCUAAGCCCCGAGUUGCAGGAAGAAUAUACAUAUUUUGCAGAGGUUUGCUUCAAGAAUCUUGGGGAUCGCGUUAAGUACUGGGUUACCUUCAAUGAACCGAAUGCGUUUGCACUCUUGGCUUAUCGUGAUGGCAUUUGGCCACCUAAUCGGUGUUCAGAACCACAUGGAAACUGUAGUCAAGGAGAUUCUGCGACGGAGCCAUUCAUUGCAGGCCACAAUAUGAUUCUAGCCCAUGCCUCUGCUGUCAAUAUUUACAGAAACAGUUACCAGAAAGUGCAAGGAGGGCAGAUAGGAAUUGCUUUGCUUUUUUACUGGUAUGUACCGAUAACCAACUCCACUGCAGACAAAGCAGCAGCUGAAAGAGGUCAAUCCUUCUCGACAAACUGGUUCUUGGAUCCAAUCAUAUAUGGAACAUAUCCCCAAGCAAUGAAGGAUCUUUUAGGGCCAGUCUUACCCGAAUUUUCAAGCUCCGAUUUGGAAAAGCUGAAAGCCGGGAUAGAUUUUAUCGGGGUCAACCACUACACAACCUAUUAUGUCCAAGAUUGCUUAUCUUCUAAAUGUGAACCUUCCAUGUCGGGAAACACCCGAGAAGAAGGCUAUGUUGGGCAUAGCAUGUCAAAGGAUGGCGUCCUUAUUGGUGAGCUGACGGGGUUGAGUUAUCUAGAUGUUUAUCCCCUGGGAAUGGAGAAAGUUGUUACCUAUGUGCAUGAAAAAUUCCCAAAUUUACCACUCUAUGUAACUGAAAAUGGUUAUUGUGACACAACCACUCCAAGUUCUAGCAUUGAAGAAGUUCUUAAUGAUACAAAGCGGGUCAAAUUCUUGGCCGAUUAUCUACACGCAUUAGGAACUGCCAUUAGGAAAGGAGCAGAUGUGAGAGGGUAUUUUGUUUGGUCAUUCUUGGACAACUUUGAGUGGACAUACGGAUACACGAAACGGAUGGGGCUAUACUAUGUUGACCGUGUCACGCUAAAGAGAACCCCGAAGCUAUCGGCACAUUGGUACAAGCACUUCAUUGCUGAAAACCUGCUGAAAGAGUCUAAGGCAAAAUUCUGAAGAUAAAUAUGGUCUUGGAUUUCGUGUCGUCGUAUACCAUGUAGAAUUGUGAGAUCUCAAACCCAAAACUCAUAUUCUUAUACUCUAUAUAUUACAAACUGUGAAUUGUUAUCUAAAAUAAACAUCCUGAAGGAGAACUUGAACUCUGUAAUCACAGUCUAACCAUUCAUAUAUGAGCUACUUUCAAUAAUAUAGUCAUAUAUUA